CCCCCAUCCAACAUACAUAUACUUAUACCAUCUGCACUGACCUCACCAAUUCCACACCCCAUUCGUUCUCAUUUCCUCUGCAAACUUCCUACAUAAGCGCCAUGAAUCACUUCCCGCAAGCUUGGGGCCGUCCAAGAGACGAUAUCUACGGCGCAUACGACCAUUCGCACUUUCAGACUCAUGGUCCCGGUGGACCUAACCAGCACACUCAGAGGCCUAUCGUUACAGGGACGUCGGUAGUUGCCGCGAAGUUCAAGGAUGGCGUGGUCAUCGCAGCCGACAAUUUGGCGUCAUAUGGCUCUCUGGCCCGCUUCACUGAUGUCAAGCGUCUCCGGAAGUUCAACGACCAGGUCGUCGUAGGUUUCGGCGGCGACGUCUCCGACAUGCAAUACCUCAACCGCAUCCUCAACUCUCUUGACAUCCGCGAGAACUACUCUAACCCCGAGAACCCCCUCAACGCAAAGAAUCUCCACACCUAUCUCUCCAAAGUCAUGUACAAGCGCCGGUCCGACUUCGAUCCCCUGUGGAAUCACCUCCUAAUCGCGGGAUUGGAUGGCGAGUCGAAGCCUUUCCUGGCGAGCGCAGAUCUUCUGGGAACAACGUUCUCAUCGCCAACUCUUGCGACAGGGUUUGGAGCGCAUCUUGCACAACCUAUAUUGAGGAAGACGAUCCCCGAUGAGGCAUCUGUGGCGAAUGUGAGCGAAGAGGAGGCUGUCAAGUUGGUUAAGGAGUGCAUGAAGGUGCUCUUCUACAGGGAUGCCAGGAGUAUGGAUAGGUAUUCCAUUGCGGUGAUCAAGAGUGAAGGGGUUGACCUGAAGGAAGACGAGAAGCUGGAGAACCAGAGUUGGGCAUUUGCUGAGCAGAUCAGGGGUUAUGGCACGCAAGUGAAUUGAGGUGGAUU